CGCGGCGAAUCGUCAGAAUUAGCGCUCCCAUCCGCAGUCUCCGGGCCGGGUGUUGCGGGCAGCCGCGGGCUCCGCCGGGUUUUCCCGGGCCGGACGGGAUGCCUUUCUGCGGUUUAAGGCGAGCCUUCACCCGCUCCUGGGUGACCUGAAGGGGCGAGACCAAGGCAGGCAGCGAAGCCGGAAGACGGGCACCAGGGGUGGGGGCACAUGCACAACGCGCUCCACGCCAUGCAGGUGGGGCCCAUUCCGGCGGAGAGCAGCAAGGACAGGAAGAAGGAUUCGGUGCCCGGUCACCGAGCAACACGACGGAGAGUUUCUUUGGAGAGUCCAAACUCUCCUCACGCUCCCGAGGGGCCCUUCCCUUUUGGGGGUUCGUCACCGGGGGCCGACAGCAACAGUUGCACGCUCUUCCCCCUCAAGAUGCCGACCGGUCAGGAGCUGGGGGAGAUGGACACCAAGAAACGCACGCACGAGGGCUCGCAGACCGACGACGACGAGACUGAGUGCGGCAGGCAUCGGGAGGCCAAGAUCCGGGUUUUCAGCCGCUCCCCUUCCCGCUGCGAUGAGGGGAGCGGUAGUGCGGAGGGCGAGGAGGAAGAGGAGGAGGAAGAUGGAGAUGACGAGGAUGCCAGUGACCCCCGGGACAUCGACCAGGACAAUCGCAGCACGUCGCCAAGCACCCCCAGUCUUGGGGCGCCCGACUCCGACUCCGAGGAGGAGGCCACCCAAUCCUCCCCCUCCUCCCCCUCCUCCCAUCUCCCCCCAGCCACCCAGGCUCGGGCCUCCUGCCGAGGCCUGCCCCUCCUGCCCCCUCCUCCAGCCCUCAGGCCUCUGCCUGCCCCCGGAAACUCCAUUCCCUCCCCGUCCCGCCUCCCCUUCCCUCCCUCCUCCUCCUCCUCCUCCUCCUCCUCCUCCACCCACUGCCUCGCCCUCCGGGCCCCGACCGCGCCCCCUCCCUCUGCCGGGACGUCCCGCAAGCUGGGCCUCGGCCUAGUGCCGCCAAGCUGCUCGGGCCUGGUCUCGUCCUCCUCCUCCCCCACCUCCUCGCUUGCCCCCUCCUCCUCCUCCUCCUCCUGCCCCUCGCCCCACUUCCCUCCGCUCCCUCCGCAGCCCUUCACGGGGCCUCAGGCACAGGCCCUGGCCUUCUCCCGGCCCGUUGCCCCCGGCCACCAGUCCGGCCGGGCCUACCGGGGCUAUUCGUCCUCGGGAUCAGGUGUUUACCCGCGGCCCCUCUCCUCCCCUUCCCCUUCUUCCCUCUCCUCCCCCUCCCCUUCCGCACCCACGGCCGUAUCGGGGCACUCCGGUCCUCAGGCCUAUUCCCACCAAGCCUCAGCCUUCGUCUUCACCCCCUCCUCCUCCUCUUCUUCCUCCUGCUCCUCAGCCCCCUCCCCCUCCUCUUCCUCGUCUGCCCACUCCUCCUCCCCUUCCGUCCACGCUGCCAACUCCACUGCCCCGGGGGCCCCCGGGCCUGCUGGGGGGCAUCCAGCCUAUUCCCACCAGGCCUCGGCCUUCGCCUUCACCCCUUCCUCCUCUCCCUCCGUCCCCUCUUCUGCCCCUUCCUCCUCCUCCUCUGCCCCCACCUCCUCCCCCUCCACCCACUCUGCCCCUUCAGUACCCUCCACCGCCACCAUGCACCCUGGUCCUCGCCUGGGGCCACAGGCCUAUACCCACCAGGCCUCGGCCUUUGGCUUCAACCCCUCCUCCUCCUCCUCCUCCUCCCCCUCGGUCCCCUCCGCCCCGUCCUCCUCAUCUCCCUCUGCCCCCUCCCCCCGUUCCGGCGUCCCCGGACACCCUGGGCCUCACGCGGGGCCUCAGGCCUACCCCCAGCAGGCCUCGGCCUUCGGCUUUGCCCGCUCCUCCUCCUCCUCCUCCUCCUCCUGUUCCCCCGGCAGAGGGGCAGAAGGCGGGGGCGUGGUGGCGGGACCCAGGGGGCCGGGGGAGCCGGCGGAGGGCCGGGACGGGGCAGAGAGCCCGGCCGAGCGAGCCGACCGCUCGCCCUCUCCUGAGCCUGUGGUGGUGGACAUGGCCAGCCACGCCAGCCAGUCGGCGAGGUUCAUUCGUCACUUCGACCGGGGCCUCAACUGCUGCUCCCGGACGGACCUGUUCUUCGUGCCCCUGCCCGGCUCCAAGCUGGCCAAGAAGAGGGAGGAGGUGGUGGAGAGGGCGCGGAGGGACGCAGAACAGCGGCUGCGCGAGGAGAAGGAGCGGGAACGGGAGCGGGAGCGGGAGAAGGAGGUCGAGAGGGCCCUGAAGGCGUCGGGCGAGGCACGGAUGCAGGAGCCCAUCUUCCCGGGGCCGGGGGCCCAGCGGGCUCCCUUCGAGGCUCCAGCCGCGGGCGUGGCCGCUGUCCCCCCCUACCUGGGCCCGGACGUCCCGGCCCUGCGACCGCUGAACUCCCAGGGGGUCCACCCGCUAAUGGAGCCGCUGGUGGGGUCGAGGAUCACCUACCCCAGCCCCCUGCUGGGGCCGCCCGUCUCCGAGCACGACCUUCUCCGGCAGCACCUCUUCGGGCCACCGUACAGAGAGCUGCCAGGAUCCCUCGCGGCCCCCCUGUCGGCCGCCCACCAGCUCCAGGCCAUGCAGGCCCAGUCGGCCGAGCUCCAGCGCCUGGCCCUCGAACACCACCAGCACUGGCUGCAGGGGGUGCCCCUGCCCGGGCAGGAGGACUACUAUAGGGUCUGGGCAAACUAUUUUUCCAUGCGGAGGUGAAGACGCGGAAAACGACGACAGCUACCGCGCCCAAUUUUCAACAGGACUCUGAACAAAGGACAGAUGUGGAGAGCAGAGGAGCAGGAGGACGAGGAGGGGAAAAAGAGCCGGUCUUCCGACGAGCCCCGUGCCGUCCUGCUGCCCGGGGUCGGGGGCAGCUGAGGCAGAUCGUCCCGGGGGCAAGGCCCGGAUUCUUUCCCCCCCCCCCACAACACCACCCCCGUGUCGAGGUGGGCGUGCUACGCUGUCGGGGACGAGGGAGGGCCGCCAGGACACGCCCGGCCACUCCUCAGUGUCUUAACCGCGAUCUCCCGUGGAUGGUGCUCUCUUUUUCCCUCCCUCUCUCUCCCUCCCUCUCUCUUUCUGUCUGUCUGUCUCUCCCUCCAUCUCUCUCUGUCCCUCUCGCUCUCUCUCACACUCUGUCUCUCUCUCUUUCUUGCUCUCUCCCUCUCCCUCUCUCUUUCUCUGCCUCUCUCGUGUCUCCUGUUAAUUUAUUUCAACGUCCUCGGCCAGGCUGGGUCUGAGGCCUUGAGGCCUGCUCUGGGCCCCCCACCGCCGACCCCCCACGGGGGCCUGGAGCGGGAGGGGAGGGUAGGGGGGUGGUGGAAUGCGGAGAGGUGGAGUGGGGUAGACGCAGGCCUCCAGGCUCGCGGGAUCAAAUCCCGCCGGGACCCUCGCUACCCCCCCCACUCUCCACCGGCCUCCCCCGUCACAGGCCGGACUAGGCCCCGAGAAGCCCCUGGCCCAGAACAUCGCAGAAGCGGGGCAGCGGUGAAGUGUGGGGGGAGAGGGGUCGUGGAGGGAAGAAAAUGGAAGGGAGAGGGCCACGGCGACCCCUCGGACUUCUUUUCGAAUAAACCGUUUUGAAAAAACCAAAUGGGGAGCCGCGCGUCUUUCCUGGGGUCGUGGGGGCGGGGGGCGGGUGUCGUCCGGGCCUGAGCUGGGGAGGGGCCGGCAGGAGGUUCUGCUCCACCCCGCCCCCCCCCCACCGCGGGACGGGGGUACCGACGAGGAGACGCGGGGCCUAGUGGUUAGGGCGCCGGACUAGCGAUCCGAAGGUCGCCAGGUCGAGCCUCAGCCGGUAGGCCCGUUGGCUCUUGCACGUUUGUAGCCCAGAGGCGG